ACUUCUACCCCCUUCCUGCCUACCGGACACUUCUACCCCCUUCCUGCCUACAGGACACUUCUACCCCCUUCCUGCCUACCGGGCACUUCUACCCCCUUCCUGCCUACCGGACACUUCUACCCCCUUCCUGCCUACAGGACACUUCUACCCCCUUCCUGCCUACCGGGCACUUCUACCCCCUUCCUGCCUACCGGACACUUCUACCCCCUUCCUGCCUACCGGGCACUUCUACCCCCUUCCUGCCCACCGGGCACUGUCACCCCCUUCCCCCUUCCUGCCUACCGGGCACUUCUACCCCCUUCCUGCCCACCGGGCACUGUCACCCCCUUCAUGCCUACUGGGCACUGUCACCCC